AUGUCCACUGUCGACAACGUUGUCUCUGCUCGUGAUGAUGUCGGUGUAGGUGCUGACUGGAACACUGCUGGCGCUGAAAUGGCCAGUAAGGAAUAUCCUUGGCCCAACUGGCCCAAGGAGUGUGAGGUCGAUAGCGACUGCAAGUACCCUGGCGAUGUGUGCAAGGACCACUGGGUUUGCAUGCCGAUUACCAUCAUCACAAAGCUUGGAAAGAGCGAGUCUGCUCGUGAUGUUGCCGCCCAGGACAUCUGUCGUCUCGAUAGCGACUGUCCUUCCGAUGGAUCUUGCAUCAACUUCUCCUGCAUCGUGGCAGAUACUUCUGCUUUCCGUUUUAUCGAUCGUCGCUCCCCUCAGGGUGUCAACUGCCACAACUCUGUCGACUGUGAUGGCGGCCAUUGCUACCAUGGCAUCUGUGUUGCUGAGCUUCCUCACCUUGGGUCUGGAUUCGAGUCCCGUUCUCCUCAGGGCGUCAACUGCCACAACUCUAUCGACUGUGACGGCGGCUAUUGCUACCAUGGCAUCUGUGUCGCCGAGCCUCCCCGCCUUGAAUCUGAACUCGAGUCUCGUUCCCCUCAGACUUUGAUCUGCCACAACUCUGCUGACUGCGAUGGUGGUUAUUGCUAUCGCGGCAUUUGUGUUGCUAGCCCUCCCAUGGACCGCGACCCCAAACAGCCGGGCAGACCUCCCAAGGAGUGA